GUUCUUGGGCUCAAACGUAUCACCACAUUCAGCAAUCGGGUGGUACUGCGCGACUGGGGCCGCAUGCUGGUAGCAACAUCCAGAGGGAUGGACUACGUUUCGUGGGUAUAUCUUUCCACCGAAGACCAGGGGCGCAUUUCCCUUUUGGCCCCAGAUUCAUUAAACCCCAAGCCAGGCCACAUGAGCCACAAAGAUAUAGACAUGGAGAAAUGCCGACACUUUAUUGAGUAUCUUCAGCCGGACGGAUCGUGA